AUGAGUGUUGACCAACCAGUCAAACAAACACAGGGUGAAGUAAAGACAGUGAAACAACCUGACUCCACUGUCAGAACAGUGAACGGAGGGAUCCUGAGUGACAGUGUCCAAGAUGAGAUUUUUGAAGAACAAAUACCACUGACCAACAAUCCCAGGAUAAGCAAGGAGCAAAUGAAUGGUGUUCCUGGAACGGAAAGGAGCCAGCAUUUGCCCGAUCUGGCCAGAGUGUCUGGAGGUAGACCUGUCCUGUGGGAGGAUGCGGAGGAAGCUAUGACAAAUGAGAACACAAGACUUCUGAACCAAACAGUCCAAGCUCUGUUCUACCGAUCAAAGAGGUUCUCCAAUAAAGGAACUGACGCUGCUCAAACUAAAGCUGAAGAUGCAAAACCUCGCCAUGGGAUUCCUCUCCAGAAAACAAAGGCUACCAUAACACCCAAGGCCCCCAGAACCAGGAGGGAAGAGGACUGCCAGCCAAGCUUCUAUGUUUCUGGAACAAAUGGGACUGACUUAAUUGUCAGCUUUUGUGAGAGCAGGGGUUGGAAGAGAAUAAACGACAAUAACAGAUGUGACUACAUGUUAAAGUGGUGUGAAGUGAAUGUAUCAUCCAACUUCCAAUACUUCCAAGAAGGUAAGCAGCUUUUAAACCAGAUCCCAAACAACAAGCUACUCACCACCAAAGUUGGCCUCUCCUCUGUCCUAAAGAACUACCAACAGGCACUAUCCAAAUAUGGAACAAUUAUGAAUCCAAGGAUCUUGAAGGUGGAAGAAUUUUAUCCUGAAACAUAUCGCAUGGAUGUGAAAAGUGAACGUCUGGCUUUCCUGGAAAUUAUGGGAGAUGGGUCUGUCUGGAUUUCCAAACCAGGUGGAUCAAAUCUGGGUCGAGGGAUCUUCCUGCUAAAGUGUCCAGAAGACUUGCUGGAGUUCCGUAGAAAGGUAGAGAGCGUGGAACAGGACGCUAACAGCAGGAUGAGUUACAGCAGUUUACCCUUCAACAGAAUCGUGCAAAGAUACCUGGACAAACCACUACUCCUGGAGGGGAGGAAGUUCGACGUCCGCUCCUUCCUCCUGAUCGCCUGCACCUCCCCUUACAUGAUCUUCUUCUGUCAUGGUUACGUGAAAUUGUCAUGUAAUAAAUACGAUCUGCUCUCCGAUGAUCUGACAAGUCACCUGACUAAUCAGGCCAUCCAGAAAAAGAACCCCAGGUACAGUGACAUGAAGGAGGACACAGUCUGGUCGAUGGAACACCUGAACGACUACAUUAAUGAGAAGUACAUGCAAGCAAAAGGUCUUCCAAAGAACUGGGUCUUCACUGUGUUUGCUAAGAGAAUGCAGCAAAUCAUGGCACAGUGUUUCUCUGCUGUCAAGGGGAAACUGGAAUGUAAACUUGGCUUGUUCGAUCUAUUGGGCUGCGACUUUAUCAUUGAUCACGACUUCAAGGUCUGGUUGUUGGAGAUGAAUGCUAAUCCAUCUCUACAGAGACAUUGUUCAGUUCUCAAAACAGUCAUUCCUAAAGUCGUCUACGAGGCUCUUGAAUUGGUAGUUGAGAUAUUCAGGAAGUGCAAUAAAGGACUAAAAGUCUUACCACUCCAGUCCCAGAAAGACUUUGUCUUGUUGCAUAACAGUAAUCUUCGAGGAAACCUCACAAGAUCCAAGCCAGUCAUUACAGAAAGGAACACGUCCUCUGCAGCUCUAAAGCAGCCUCUGUGUCCCUUGAACCGAGCUGCUAGCAAGCCUGUGAAGAAGGUGUCUCCUUCAUCAGAUUCUGUGGUUGCUCCUGCAAAGAUUCUGCGAAGCACAGUUUCCCUGGUCUCCUACAGGAAGCUGCCAGCUAUACAACUCAGUCUGAACCUGUGCACAGACAGACACGAUCACCACACCCAAGGGCAGCUCCGAGUCAGCAGAAACUUGGAACCCCUCAGACCAACGCCUUCUGUUGGGCAAAUAAAACCCUUACGCAGUAGAAGCCCCUUCAUGAACUCCCAGCAAGGUCCCAGGCCCCAGGGCAUCUCUUUGAUGAGGAAUACCUUUCACCCUCACUUCAACAAGAUGGCUGCCAAAGCAUCUGAGCUCAAGGGAAGACCCAAAGAGGAAGAAAUAGCAUCAGGUGAUGCCGCCUAGAAAGGCGUGGCUCUCUGAAUAGUUCAUUCACAAGAAGGGCCACCUCAGCUCUUGUUUACAAACCUUUAAUGCUACAACAUUAGCAUUUCUCUCAGAAACCCAUGGGAGUGUUGUAAUGUUCAUUCAUUGUUCAGCAUAAUAGAAAUAUAUCAUCCUGAAAUUCUUUUCAUUUGUAAACAUCCAUGAAAACAGAGGAGAGCCCUGAAGAAUGAAUGACAGUUAAACGUUAGAACCCCAAAGCCCCUCCAGCUUCCCCCCCCCCACACACACACAAGUAGCAGCAAGGCAACAACUCCUCCUCCCCCACCAGCGAGAAAGCACUGGUGCCCUCCACCGAGCACUCAACAUGCAGCCAAGUAUUAAUAAAGACACGGACUCACAGUACCCCAAAGACUACUUGUUCACCCGGUAAUUCAAUAUACCACAGAGUCUCUCCCAAAUAAGGGAAGAAGAGGUGUCCCCAUUUCACGGCGACAGGGAAGACAGAACAAAACAACUCGUCAAUUUAUGGUGUUAAAAGUUUGUUGUGUCGCUUUUUACUGACCUCUGUGCCCAAAGACCUCAGGUCUCUGGGCACACAGCCAGCAGCCAGCUUGCUGCUUACGAUCUUCCGUCUCCCACGACACAUCAGAUAGCAGCACUGACCUCGAAUCCACCCGCCUCCAGAGCCACGGAAAUCCAGCACCCUCAAGGUGCGCUAGUCUUCCAGGCCGUGUCCUUGGCAUAUCGAAAAGCGGCCAGUCGUGAAGCCCUGAGAGCGGGUCCCAUUUCCACAAAGAACCAAAGUCAGCGUGUAACUCCAGGUCAGGGUCUUCAAAAGAACCUUGAAGAAGAAAAAAGGAGAUAUUAAAGAUAGAAGUAGAGCUGUUUCCAAAGAUGCAAGCAAGGGAGUUGCCAUUGGGCACCAUCAUCCUAAGCUCCAGCCUCCUCAGAUGAGGUACUUGUGGAGUAUAAGAAAUGCAAGAGAACACUGAAGAACAAAAUCAGGAAGGUGAAAAGAAGACAUGAGGUGGCCCAGCAGACAAGGCGAAGGAGAAUCCUCACUGAUUCUACAGAUAUGUUAAGAUCAAAAGGAUUGCAAGAGACAAAAUUGGUCCUCUGGAAGAUCAGAACAGUGACCAGUGUUGUGUCUCAGAGAUAUGUUCUGAGACCCCUUCUCUUUGUGAUUUUUAUAAAUGGCUUGGAUGAGGAAGUGGAGGGAUGGGUUAGUAAAUUUGCUGAUGACACAAAGGUUGGGGGUGUUGUUACAGAGGUAAUGUUACAGCUGUAUAGGACCCUGGUCAGACCCCACUUGGAGCACUGUGCUCAGUUCUGGUCACCUCACUACAGGAAGGAUGUGGAAGCCACAGAAAGGGUGCAGAGGAGAUUUACAAGGAUGUUGCCUGGAUUGGGGAGCAUGCCUUAUGAGAAUAGGUUGAGUGAACUUGGCCUUUUCUCCUUGGAGUGAUGAAGGAUGAGAGGUGACCUGAUAGAGGUGUAUAAGAUGAUGAGAGGCAUUGAUCAUGUAGAUAGUCAGAGGCUUUUUCCCAGGGCUGAAAUGACUAGCACGAGAGGGCAUAGUUUUAAGGUGCUUGGAAGUAGGUACAGAGGAGAUGUCAGAGGUAAGUUUUUUACACAGAGAGUGGUGAGUGCAUGGAAAGGGCUGCCAGUGGAGCCAGUGGCUGACUGUGGAGGAGGCAGAUACGAUAGGGUCUUUUAAGAGACUCCUGCAUAGGUACAUGGAGCUUAGAAAAAUA